AUGAAACGAGUCAAGAAGCCUCGUGGCAUCCGUCAUGACCGAGACUGCCACCGCUGCAAGGCCCGUGGGGUCAAAUGCGACCUAAAUCGUCCCCGAUGCCAAGCCUGUCUCCAGGUUGGAGAGGCCUGCAACUACCCCCUACGAGUUGUAUGGGUACAAGAUAAGAAGCAGAAGGUCCCAUCUUCCCUGGGAUUGAAGACCGAUUCUGCCCAGAAUCAGCUUAGCAGAAUAUUCAAAAACACCGAACACAUCAGCGACGCCGACACCAAAUCAACAUCCAUCAAUCUAUACGGCUUCGUCGACCUUCUCGACACCUUCUACCAACAAAUCCAAUCCAGCACCCGCAGCAUCCCCGAAGAAGGCAUCCAACUCAUCUCACGCACCCUGAGCUUUGCCCGCUCGCGUCUCGAAGAUGCAAACAACGGAGAAGCCAUCCAAUCCCAUCUCAUGGCCCUGACAAAUCUCAGCCAGGUCAUCAAGUCUGCACACCCAAUCGCCCUAUUCGGCAUCGCCACCUUCGCCAUGUUCGAAGUCUGCAGCGGCUCCUUCGGCAAUUGGCAUUGCCACCUGCAGGGCGCACGCUCACUACUCGAUCUCCACUGCCGAUGCAAGGCCGAUCUCGACGAUCUCUGCAGCGAGAUCGCCGGUCUCGCAGAUAUCCUCGCCUACCUCGUUUGGUUCGAUGUAACCGGCGCCCUUACAAGCGAUAGCCCCUUAAUCUUCGAUGACUGGCACCGCGAGACGCUAUCGGAUACUUUCUUCGAGUCGGUUGGGUGUCCGGCUGACACGUUCGAUCUUUUCGUCUACCUUGGCAAGCAUCUCAAGACCGCUGGUCCCAAUAUCAUGGAUCUUAGUGCUAGAGCGAUGGAUCAGAUUCUACGACUUGGUGUUGCUAAGACGGAUCGCAAUCUCGCGGCCACCGUGUAUCAAGCGGCCGCGGCUAUCGUGGCGUUUGCUCGUGCUGCGGCCGUGAGCGGGGAUCCCCUCACAUCGUAUCAAUCAAAUGUAAUCUCGACCAUGGUGGACCGUGUCUGCGAUGCGAUAGCGGGUAUCCCUUCCACGUCGAGGUUCUACGUGCAUCUGGCCACCCCUGCUUAUCUCACGGGGAUGCAUGCAUCAACAACUAGACAAUGCGAUAUCAUCCGAGGUUACUGGCGGAACUGCCAGUUAUAUGAUUUUCCACGUUAUCCGGAUGCGGAGGCGCAGUGUGAGCGGAGGUGGAAAACCUGCGGGGUGAGGGGUUAG